GCUGUAAGGGCCGUAAAGCGGGGUGGCCGCGGCGGCCGAGUGAGAAAACAAGAUUAUCUUCUUAUCCAAAAAGAUGAAACCAACUGAGUUACUUUCAAAAAACGACCAAGGACACACUGCAGACUAAUGAGCAGAAUCAAUAAGAACGUGAUUUUGGCCCUUUUAACUCUGACAAGUUCUGCAUUUCUACUGUUCCAGUUGUACUACUACAAAUACUAUUUAUCAGCAAAGAAUGGAAUUGGCUUAUCAAAAUCCAGAGGAAGCCAGAUUGGAUUUGACAGCACACAGUGGCAUGCAGUUAAAAAAUUUAUCAUGUUAACAUCCAGCCAAAGUGUACCAGUGUUCCUAAUUGAUCCUUUCAUCCUGGAAAUGAUUAAUAAAAACUUGGAACAAGUCAAAAAUACUUCUUAUGGCUCCACUUCAGAAUGCAAGUUUUUCUGUGCUCCGAGAGACUUUACUGCAUUUGCACUUCAGUAUCACCUGUGGAAGAAUGAGGAAGGCUGGUUUCGGAUAGCUGAAAAUAUGGGAUUUCAGUGCCUAAAGAUAGAGAGCAAAGACCCACGGUUAGAUGGAAUAGAUUCACUUUCUGGAACUGAAAUCCCCCUGCACUACAUCUGCAGACUGGCCGCUCACGCUAUCCACUUGGUGGUCUUUCAUGAGAGAAGUGGCAACUACCUCUGGCAUGGCCACCUACGGCUCAAAAGACACAUCGACCGAAAGUUUGUUCCAUUUCGAAAGUUACAGUUUGGUCGUUAUCCAGGAGCUUUUGACAGGCCAGAGUUACAACAACUUACUGUUGAUGGACUAGAAGUUCUCAUUCCAAAAGAUUUAAUGCACUUUCUACAAGAAAUACCUCACUCUAGGUUUAUUGAGUGUCGGUAUAAAGAAGCUCGAGCAUUCUUGCAGCAGUACCUUGAUGAUAACACUGUGGAAGCUAUGACCUUUCGGAAGAGUGCAAAAAAAUUGUUGCAACUAGCAGCCAAAACACUAAAGAAAUUGGGGAUACGGUUCUGGCUGAGCAGUGGAACUUGUCUAGGAUGGUAUCGGCAGUGCAACAUUAUUCCUUAUAGUAAAGAUGUCGACCUAGGAAUUUUUAUCAAAGAUUACAAGUCUGAUAUAAUUUCAGCAUUUCAGGAUGCAGGACUUCCACUCAAACAUAAAUUUGGGAAGGUAGAAGACAGCUUGGAACUAUCUUUCCAGGGAAAGGAUGAUAUAAAACUUGAUAUUUUUUUCUUCUAUGAAGAGACUGACCAUAUGUGGAAUGGAGGCACUCAGGCCAAAACAGGAAAAAAAUUUAAAUACGUGUUUCCCAAGUUUACCCUGUGCUGGACUGAGUUUGUAGACAUGAAAGUUCAUGUGCCCUGUGAAACCAUCGAAUACAUAGAAGCUAAUUAUGGUAAGACCUGGAAGAUUCCCGUGAAGACAUGGGACUGGAAGAGUUCUCCCCCCAAUGUGCAGCCCAAUGGAAUCUGGCCCAUUGCUGAAUGGGAUGAGGUUAUCCAGUUAUACUGAUACAGUAGGAUGAAAUGGUAGAAUGAGUUUCUCUCCUGAAAAAAAAUGUGAAAACUGUUUCAAAAGAUACACGUCUGCUAUCAACCAUGAGUGGGAGCCAAAGAAAAAUGACAAGAUUGAAGACACAUCUGAUUUAAUUCUCAUGUCACAUUUUUUUUAAAGAUUUAUUUAUUUAUUCAUAUAAAACUGAUGUAUAGGCCAGAGG